GAUAACACGCUGGAAGUGCAGGGUGGUAGAGGGUGAAUAUUGCACACUUGUUUUAUAUCGUGUUUCUGGUUCAGUCUUCUGUUCACAUGCUAAGCUGCGGAAAUACUCAUCACAAGUCAGUUUCUACGUUUAUCUGAGGAGGUGAGUGUGUGUCUGUGACCAGGGAGUGACUAACCUCCACCAAACAGGGUGAGAGGGGAAGCAUGUGGCUGACUCCGGUGACAUGGCUACUUUUGGGUGUAACUCAUGUCUUUGCAGUAGCCACUCAGACGCCACCUCUCACCAUACAAUGUCUCUCAAAUGGUAGUAUAUACAUAACACAGAAGAAGACUUACGAUGCCGAGAUAUUUGUGGUUGGAAACUUUCCCAGUUGUUCGGAUGCUGUGCGACACUUCAGACUUGACUCUGGGAACCAUUUGCUGAACACAUCAUGUAAAGGCACGACUGGGUAUGUCCUAGAGGUACUGAAUUUCACCCAGACCACACACAGACCAGGCUUCACCUCGACAGUGUACAACGUCAACUGUACUUCUAACGUAACAGGCAACGCAAGUGUAUUUACACUGGUAAACACAACAAACGUUUCGUUCUUGGAAGAGGUUGUACUGCCAAAGUUAAACGUUGCCAUUUUGCCCGCAAACACAACGCUGAAUUCAUCAAUGACAUCAGCUAGCCUCAGUUCCAUGUAUCUGGGUCAAGAGGUCAUGCUGACCAUCUACAACGACGUGCCACAAGGGAGAGCCUCCUACAUGCUUGUCCCCACGCUGUGUGAAGCCUAUCCUACUGCCAACUCGUCAGUCAGACUCACACUACUGCACUGCGAUCAAAAAGGAUGCACAAAGGAGGAUGGCGUUAUCGGUCAGUUCACCACUGAAACGAUUAAUGACGUUGAUGUAGCGUGGGCUCCCAUGUACGGCUUCAUUUUCGCCGGCCAUCCGGACUCCGACCUCGUCAUAGACUGCUCGGUGCUCGUGUGCCCAGACAUAUCACACGGCCACCCUGGACGAUUCGUGACAAACAAUGGUUGCAAAAAGACGACAAGCAACAGCCGACGUCGGAAGCGUCGUGUCGGUAUGUCACGUGACAUCAUCCAUGCUAAAACAGGCACAGCACGAACCAGGGUUAAGCUGAAGAACAGCCUAGCAAAAAGCGAGGCAGUUACUACUUUGGCGAGCUUGCUCCUUCCAGUUGCUGUGAUGAUGACCAUGUUGUGAGAUGUGUUCCUGUUUCAUAAAUUAUAGGGGUUU